UGCCGGCAGCGAGCCCACGCCAGGGCCCCGGGCUGCAGGGGGGUUUUCCGGCUCUUGCAGCGGCGAGGAGCGGCCCGGCAUGCGGGGAGGAGACGCCGAAGGGGCGAUGCCAGCCGGGGCCGCUCUGCAGGUCCCGGUGACAUUUGAGGACAUUGCCAUCUAUUUCACCCGGGAGGAGUGGGAGAUGCUGGCAGAGUGGCAGAAGGAGCUGUAUCGGGACGUGAUGAAGGAACAUUAUGACAAUCUGAUUUCCCUGGGCCAUGCAGGCACCACGCCUGAUGUGUUAUCGCGGAUCGAACGAGGGGAAGAGCCGUGGGUCAUGGAUCAGCAGGAGGAAAGAGAGAGGCUGGAAUGCACCUUGCAUGAGGGUGCAGGCCUGAGCAGAACUGAGCAGCAGCAGCAGGAGGAAGGUCCUGAGAACUUGGAGCCACACGGGACUUUACCGAGUAGGUCGGAAGAGAGAGUUUUCCAGAGCCCCGAGUGGGAAGAAACUUUCCAGAGGCAGCGCAGGUCGCUGAGGCUGCAGCCGAUCUUGGCGGGGAAUGAGCCAGCUACCCCAAGGGACUGCGAAAGGGGUGGCCAGGAACCUCCGAGGCUCCCUGCGCAGGGAAGACCAAAGACAAGCCAGAGCCCAGCUACGUGUCACAUGUGUGGACUCAGCUUCAAGGGAGAGAGAGACCUUAGCAGACACAAACGCAGCGUCCACAAGAUAAAGGAUCCACACCAGUGCCAAGUGUGUGGGAAGUGCUUCCGGCUACGGCAGGACCUCCGGAGGCACCAGAGGAUCCACACGGGGGAGAAGCCCUAUCUCUGCACUCACUGUGGGAAGAGGUUCAGCCAGACCGCCAAUCUCUGCACUCACAAGAAGAUGCACAGGGGGGAGCGGCCGUACCCCUGCACCACCUGUGGCAAGAGCUUCCGGCAGAAGCAGCAGCUGGUGUCGCACAGCCGGAUCCACACGGGGGAGCGGCCCUACCCCUGCACGCAGUGUGCCAAGAGCUUCCGCUGGAAGCAGGCGCUCAGGGUCCACCAGAAAACCCACGUGGGAGAAGGUGGCUCUGAGGGGAGCCAGGCCAAAGGGCGGAUCUUCACCUGCCCCAAGUGCAAGGCCGUCUUCGCUCACAGGCACGACUUCCUAACGCACCGGCGAGCGCACGCCAGCGAGCGGACCUACCAGUGUGCCGACUGCGGGAGGUGCUUCAGACAGCGGCAGCAGCUGAUUCCGCACCGCCGGAUCCACACCGGGGAGCGGCCCUACAGCUGCCCGCUCUGCGGGAAGAGCUUCCGGCGCAGGCAGGAGCUGACCACGCACCAGAGAAUCCACACGGACGAGAGGCCCUUCCACUGCCCCGAGUGCCCGCUCAGCUUCAGGGAGAAGCAGAAGCUGAGGAGACACCAGAGAAUCCACACAGGCGAGAGGCCCUAUGCCUGCUCGGAGUGCGAGAAACGCUUCCGGCAGAAGCAGCAGAUGGUGUCCCACCUCCGGAUCCACACGGACGAGCGGCCCUAUGCCUGCUCAGAGUGCGGGAAACACUUCCGGCGGAAAGACUCCCUCGCCAAACACCAGAGAACCCACCAAAGGGCGCAGACAUAGGGCUUGUCUACACUACCACUUAAGUCAAUGUAACUGAGUUGCUCGGGGAUGUGAAAAAGCCCCCCCCCCCACACAUACACACAAGCGACGCAAGUUACAUCGACUUAGCAUGGUGUGGACAGCGCUUUAUGUCGGCGGGAGACACUCUCUCACCGACAUAGUUUCCUCCUCUCGUUGAGGUGGAGUAAUUACGUCGACGGGCGAGCGCUCUCCUAUGGCACAGUGCAUCUUUGCCGUACGCGCUACAGCGGCGCAUGGUAGCGUAGACUAGACCAUAGUCAAUGCAGUCGUCCUGCCCCAAACUCCCUCCUCACUUCCCCCAUGGAGGGGAAACUGCUUCCGCAGGGACUUGGAGAAACCACCCCCGGAGCCAUCACCCCUUCAUAGCUCCCGGCAGAGAACGGAGGGGAAGAAACACUACAGACACACUCCACCCCGGAGAAGGUGAAGGAGCUUCACCUCCAUUCCCUCAAAGGGUCCAGGCAGCCACAGUCUCACAGCACUUAUUGUUUCUUUGAUGUAUUUGAAUCAUUAUAGAGGGCCUUGUCCUUCCUGUGAACCCCCAUAAAGCCCUUCUGUUCUCUCCUCUGUGUAGUUGUCCUAGGACAGGCAGGAUUUCCGAGCUCUCUGUAUUUCACCGGCCCUGUAAAGGGCAGGACGGUUGGGUGUAUGUGAGGUGCCCUGUGUGGUGGGAGAGGCAUAUGCAGGUGAAAACCAUGACAUGGUGCAGUAGUUUAAUGGAUUCAUGGCGCUGAAGGCCAGAAGGGACCAUUAGAUCAUCUAGUCUCACCAUCUGUCUAGCACAGGCCAUUCAGUUUCACCCUGUUACCCCUGUAUUGAACCCAGUCACUUGUGUUUGACUAAAGCAUCUUCCAGAAAGGCAACUGUGAUGCCGACAGACCCCAGUCAUCGGCGGGCGGGAUUGAACCAGGGACCUCUGGAGCUUAGUGCAUGAGCCUCUACCACAUGAGCUAAAAGCCAACUGGCUGCUAGCUAAGGCUGUAGAGCAGACUCAUUAAUUGCUCUCUUUCUAAGUGGUCUAGGUGCCACUAGAUGGGACACAACACCACACCCAAGAGGUGUGUGGGUUACACAACCAGUCCUGAUCAAGAGAUGGAGAAUCCACUCUUUUUGCUGGUAGUUUGUUCCGAUGGUUAUUCACCCUCACUGUUAGAAACAUGUGCCUUAUUUCUAACUUGCAUUUGCCUGACUUCAGCUUCCAGCUCUUGGUUCUUGUUGUGCCUUUCUCCACGAGAUGAAAGAGCUCUGUAGUGCCUGGCAUUUUCUCCCAGUGAAGGUACUUCUAUAUUGUGAUCAUAGAAUAUCAGGGUUGGAAGGGACCUCAGGAGGUCAUCUAGUCCAACCCCCUGCUCAAAGCAGGACCAAUCCCCAACUAAAUCAUCCCAGCCAGGGCUUUGUCAAGCCUGACCUUAAAAACCUCUAAGGAAGGAGAUUCCACCACCUCCCUAGGUAACGCAUUCCAGUGUUUCACCACCCUCCUAGUGAAAAAGUUUUUCCUAAUAUCCAACCUAAACCUCCCCCAUUGCAACUUGAGACCAUUACUCCUUGUUCUGUCAUCAGCUACCACUGAGAACAGUCUAGAGCCAUCCUCUUUGGAACCCCCUUUCAGGUAGUUGAAAGCAGCUAUCAAAUCCCCCCCUCAUUCUUCUCUUCCGCAGACUAAACAAUCCCAGUUCCCUCAGCCUCUCCUCAUAAGUCAUGUGUUCCAGUCCCCUCAUCAUUUUUGUUCUCCUCCGCUGGACGUUUUCCAAUUUUUCCACAUCCUUCUUGUAGUGUGGGGCCCAAAACUGGACACAGUACUCCAGAUGAGGCCUCACCAAUGUCGAAUAGAGGGGAAUGAUCACCUCCCUCGAUCUGCUGGCAAUGCCCCUACUUAUACAGCCCAAAAUGCCAUUGGCCUUCUUGGCAACAACAGCACACUGUUGACUCAUAUCCAGCUUCUCGUCCACUGUAUCCCCAUAGGUCCUUUUCUGCAGAACUGCUGCCUAGCCAUUCGGUCCCUAGUUUGUAGCGGCGCAUGGGAUUCUUCCGUCCUAAGUGCAGGACUCUGCACUUGUCCUUGUUGAACCUCAUCAGAUUUUUUUUGCCCAAUCCUCUAAUUUGUCACCCUCUGUAUCCUAUCCCUAACCUCCAGCGUAUCUACCUCUCCUGCCAGUUUAGUGUCCUCUGCAAACUUGCUGAGGGUGCAAUCCACACCAUCCUCCAGAUCAUUUAUGAAGAUAUUGAACAAAACCGGCCUGAGGACCGACCCUUGGGGCACUCAACUUGAUACCGGCUGCCAACUAGACAUGGAGCCAUUGAUCACUACCCGUUGAGCCCAACAAUCUAGCCAACUUUCUAUCCACCUUAUAGUCCAUUCAUCCAGCCCAUACUUUAAUUUGCAGGCAAGAAUACUGUGGGAGACUGUGUCAAAAGCUUUGCUAAAGUCAAGAAACAACACAUCCACAGAACCAGUUAUCUCGUCAUAGAAGGCAAUUAGAUUAGUCAGGCAUGACCUUCCCUUGGUGAAUCCAUGCUGACUGUUCCUGAUCACUUUCCUCUUGUGUUAGUGCUUCAGGAUUGAUUCCUUGAGGACCUGCUCCAUGAUUUUUCCUGGGACUGAGAUGAGGCUGACUGGCCUGUAGUUCCCAGGAUCCUCCUUCUUCCCUUUUUUAAAGAUGGGCACUACAUUAGCCUUUUUCCAGUCGUCCGGGACUUCCCCCGAUCGCCAUGAGUUUUCAAAGAUAAUGGCCAAUGGCUCUGCAAUCACAUCCGCCAACUCCUUUAGCACUCUCGGAUGCAGCGUAUCCGGUCCCAUGGAGUUGUGCUCGUCAAGCUUUUCUAAAUAGUCCUGAACCACUUCUUUCUCCACAGAGGGCUGGUCACCUCCUCCCCAUGCUGUGCUGCCCAGUGCAGUAGUCUGGGAGCUGACCUUGUUCGUGAAGACAGAGGCAAAAAAAGCAUUGAGUACAUUUUUUUCCACAUCCUCUGUCUUUAGGUUGCCUCCCUCAUUCAGUAAGGGGCCCACCCUUUCCUUGACUUUCUUCUUGUUGCUAACAUACCUGAAGAAACCCUUCUUGUUACUCUUCACAUCUCUUGCUAGCUGCUCCUCCAGGUGUGAUUUGGCCCUCCUGAUUUCACUCCUGCAAGCCCGAGCAAUAUUUUUAUACUCUUCCCUGGUCAUUUGUCCAAUCUUCCACUUCUUGUAAGCUUCUUUUUUGUGUUUAAGAUCAGCAAGGAUUUCACUGUUAAGCCAAGCUGGUCGCCUGCCAUAUUUACUAUUCUUUCUACACAUCGGGAUGGUUUGUCCCUGUAACGUCAAUAAGGAUUCUUUAAAAUACAGCCAGCUCUCCUGGACUCCUUUCCCCCUCAUGUUAUUCUCCCAGGGGAUCUCCUGCCCAUCAGUUCCCUGAGGGAGUCAAAGUCAUGUCACUUCUCAAUCUUCUUUUUGAUAAGCUAAACAGAUUGAGCUCAAAGUCUUCCAUUGUAAGGCAUUUUCCCCAGCCCUUGAAUCCUUUUUCUGUCUGUUUUCUGCACCCUCUCUAAUUUUUCAACAUCCUUUUUAAAAUGUGGGCACCAGAACCGGAUGCAGUAUCCCAGUACUAGCAGUCUCCUCAGUGCUGAAUACAGAGGUAAAAUCACUUCCCUACUUCCCUGUUUGCACACCCAGGAUCACGUUAGCCCUUUUUUGCCACAGCAUUGGACUGGGAGCUCGCAUUGAGUUAUUUGUCCACUAGGACUCGAAAACUUUCCAGAUUCAUUGCUUUCUGGGACAAGUCCCCUAUUCUGUAGGGGUGGUCUGCAUUCCUUGUUUCUAGAUAUAUAACUUUGGGUACUUGUGGCACCUUAGAGAUUAACCAAUUUAUUUGAGCACAAGCUUUCAUGAGCUACAGCUCACUCACGAAAGCUUAUGCUCAAAUAAAUUGGUUAGCCUCUAAGGUGCCACAAGUACUCCUUUUUCUUUUUGCAAAUACAGACUAAUACGGCUGUUACUCUGAAACCUGUCAUAACUUUGGGUGUGGCUGUAUUAAAAUGCAUUGUGUUUGAAUGGACCCAUUUUACCAAGCAAUCCAGAUUGCUCUGUAUGACUGCCCUGUCCUCCUCAUUAUUCCACACUCUGCUAAUUAUUGUCACCCACAAAUUUGAUCAUCAGUGAUUUUAUAUUUAUGUCCAGAUCCCUGAGGAACAUGUUAAAUAGCACUGGGCCUUGUGCCAAUCCCUACAGAACCCCACUAGAAACACUCCCCUUCAGUGAGGAUGAUUCACCAUUGACAACUGCUUUUUGAGCUCUGUGAGCUUGUCAGUUCUUAAUCCUUUUAACUGGUGUUUUAUGGCUAUCGUACAGUGCUAAUUUUGUAAUCAAAUGUCAUGUGGUACUAAGUCAACCCCCUUACAAGUCUAUUAUAUGUAGAAUUAACUUUGUCAACCAAACAUGUAAUCUCAUCGGAAAAUGACAUGGUUUUUUAACAAGACUUAUUUUCCAUAAAACCAUCUUGAGUGGAAUUAAUUAUAUUCCUACUAUUUAAUUCUUUAUCAACUGACUCUUGUAUCAGCUUUCCCAUUAUUUUGUCCAGGAUUCACAUUAGGCCACCUGGCCUGUAGUGCCCCAGGUCAUCCUACUUGCCUCUUUUGAAUAUUGGCACAACGUUACCACUCCUCCAGUCUUCUGGAAUUUUCCUGGUAUUUCAAGAUUUAUUAAAAAUUAACAUCAGCGGACCAGACUUAGGUCUCUUGGGUGCAAGUUAUUUAGGCCUGCUUAUUUUAAAAUGUUUAUCCCUAGGAGAUAUUGUUUAACAUCCUCUUUUGGUUACUAAUGGAUUGCAAAGUACUCCAUCAUCCUCAUAUGAUAUGAGUACAUCAUCCUGCUUCUUUCCAAAUACAAAACAGAAAUAUUUAUUAACACUUCUGCCUUUUCUGCAUCGUUAUUAGCCAUUUUACCAUCUCCAUCUAGUAAUGAGCCUAUACUAUUGCUAGAAUUUCUUUUGUUCUUAAUACACUUAAACUCCUUAUUGUCCUGAUUCGUGCCAGCUAUGGAUGUUUCCCAAAUGUUUCUAGCUUCCCUUAUCAAUUUUCUACACUUCAUAACUUCUAAUUUGCAUUGAUUGCUAUCUAGUCCCCUUUUUUCCAUUUGUUAUACUGUAUUUUGUUGGCUGCCUACUAUUCACCCCUGAACCAGGAUGGCCUUUUAGCCAAAAUCGUCGUCUUUCUUGAUUGUAGAAUUGUGGCUUUUUGGCCAACUAAUAAACUCUCUUCUUAAAGAACUCCCAAUUUUCCUUCACGCUUUUCUAUCUAAAUUUUUCAUCACAAUCAAUUUCCUUUAGUCUAGGGAAAAUUAGCCCCUUUGAAGCACCAAGCAUAUAUAUUACUAGUUGGGACUGUAAUGUGCAUGACCAGGUGAUCUUAUUGUUCCCCUCAUCCCCACAUCUCCAUCUUCCCUCCUAUUGUUUUUUAUACUUUAUAUUUUGUUUCCAAUUCGAUUGCAAGCUCUUUGGGGCAUGGACUCUCUCUGUUUGCAUAGCCCUAUGCAAACAGCGUGGCCCUGAUCUGGACUCCAGCCUCUGGGUGCUACCACCUUACAAAUAAUAAUAAUGAAAAGAUGAUUUCUCCAAUGUAAUCUGGAGGUCAACGCUCAUUUGACAGAAAGCGUCAGUCUGGCAGAGCUGUGCAAAACUGGUGAAAAAUGUCUCUCUGAAAUCUUGCAGAAACAUUUUUGUGUUAUCUUGGGCCUCUUUUAUUUCACUUUUCCACUCAUCCAGAUCAUGCCUAAAUAUUGCUUUUUCUUUCAUAAAAUUUAAAAAAUGUUUUAAAACCUUUCUGUUCUAUCCCACCAUCUGAAACUCUCAUCUGUGCUCCAAUAUUCUCCAAUCCUGAUUACCACAGUCUUCGUUUCCACAACACCUUAUUGGCCCUUUCCAAUUCAUCCAAAAGGCAGCUGCUUUGGGCCGGGAAGCCAUGGAGGAAAGCACUGUCUUCGCUUCUGGAAAUGAUCACGAAAUUGCCAGAGUACUCCUUAAAUAUUAAAAUACAGGCCUUGCAAGGAGCUUUUCAUAGUGGACAGGCUUUUGGGAGUGCCUAUAAAUUGUUAAAUCCUGGAGCUGCAGGAGCAUGAAGUAAAUAUGCCUCAGCUACUUCUGGAGAAUAAGACAAGUGACGACAGCAGCUUGAGAGAGUGAUUCUAGAUGGGUGGCCAGCUAGUGAAAGGUCAGGAAGUUCCAAGCAUUUAAUGUUGUUGGAAUCAAAGAGAUGAAGUUGUUGCAUGUGACUGGAUUCUGUACAGAGGACACCAUGCUAAGCAUACUCAAUACCGUCCAUCUGGGCAGUGAGUAGUGUCAGAGUAGAGCCUGAUGUAGCUUGUCUGGUCUGACCUCCAUCUAGAUCGUAAAUUUACGAGCUGGCUGUAUUCAUGGGGGUUUUGGGGUGAUCUGUUUUAUUUGUGUUUGAUCUUCAAAAGGAAAAAAAUAGGAAGAUUAACAGUGCCCCUGAAAUCAGCAGAUCCUGAUGCUUGUCAUGUAUCAUGCCAUGUAUUCUCUUUUGUACUCGAGUGGGGCUAGGAAAUAAAAAUCGGGCUCUUACCAGCA